AUGUCUGUGCGUUGUUUAGGAAAGUAUGUUGAACGUCUCCGUGGUGCUGAAAAGAAGAUCGAGACAUUUCCAUGUCCUACAUGUCGCUCAGAGUUUACUCUCAAAUCAAACCAAGAUGUUGCUGAACUGCCAAGCAGUUAUUUCAUCAAGAAUAUGCUGGAAAUUAUGGCGAUUCAACAAAAAGCGAAAACAUCUACCGCAUGCUCACGCUGCCAAGAUCCUGCCAUUAAUCACUGCGCAUCAUGUGAAAUGUUUAUGUGUAAGAAAUGUUCAGAGUGGCAUGAUAGCUGGCCAACCCAUAAAAACCAUAAUGUGUUAUCUGUACAGGAACUGAGCAAUCCUGAAAGUCAAGUGAAGAUGAGAAGAAAACUUUAUUGCGCAAAACACGAAGACAAAAUACUUGAAUAUUAUUGUGAAACAUGCAAAGAACUUUGCUGUAUAGAUUGUGUAGUGUUAAUUCAUACCAAAACAAACCACUCGUGUGUGGCAAUGCGCGAGAUCAAACAGAAACAAAGAGAAACAUUGCAAUCAAGCUGCACAACACUUGAUGAGAAAUUAGCUGAAGGAAAGAAAGCAUUAAACAACAUUUGUGAGGUGAUGAAGUCUCUUGAAAAAAAUGCUGAAACGGCUAAAGAUCAAAUCAAAGAACAAAAGGAAAAUAUCUUGAAGAUUGUGGCAGAAAAACUUGACGAGAGAGCAAAGAAAAUGAUUGACGACGUGGACAAGGUUUAUGGUGAAUUACACAGUGAACUGAGCAAACAACAUGAUGAAAUGAAAGAUUAUCUUGAUAAAGUCCAAGCUUCAGUGUCCUUGCCAAAAAAUCUCUUAAAGAGAGGAAGUAUCGAAGAAAUUAUCUCAUCGCAGAAAUUGAUUGAUGAGAAAAUUGAGAAGUUGAGCAAUCAACAACCAGAGAAUCUGGCCGCAGUGAAUGAUGGUAGUAUUCAGUAUGUACCGGACGACAUUGGUAAUAUCAAUGUUGAUGAAAUUGUUGAUAAGUUGGGACAUGUGGAAG